CCGGCUAUGGAUCACGAACGAGUUCAUGCACUCGGGGCUGCGGGACGGCGGCGGGCAGGUGCUGGAGCAGUUGUUUGGAAUGCUGAAUGGGAAGAAGCCUCUGUUUUGAUACAAUACAUAAAUGGAAUCAAGUUCAAGAGAUGGCGGAGACUUCACACAACAUGGGCCAUCCGGCCGCCGUCUACGGGGGAGAAACCACCGCGGAAAUCCGCCGGAAGUGGCGGUGCAGCUGCAUUGCCGCCUUUGUGGGCAUAAAUGUCGUAAUACUCUUGAUCUUGAUAUGCAUUGUGUCGGAACUUAAAGUCCCGACUAUUCGAGUGCGCAAGAUGAAGAACCUCGACAAGAUCGGUUUCCUCGACAGCCACACAAAUUUAACCCUAAUUGCAAUCCUAUCGGUGAAGAACCCCAACAAUUUUGUCUCUUUUAAAUACGGGAAUACGACGAGCUUACUAUUCUACCAUGGCGAAGUGAUUGGGGAGGCACGGGGGCCACCGGGGAGGGCAAGUGCGCGGCGAACUACACAAAUGGGUGUACGAGUCGAAAUUAUGACGAGUCGGAUCGUAUCGCAACCCUGGUUUUAUAAGGAUAUGGGUUUGGGGGUGGUGGUGAUUGGAAUCUAUUCGAGAAUUGGCGGGAGAGUCGAGAUUUUUGUUGUUAAGAAAUAUGUAGUAGUUAAGAUGAAUUGUAUGGUUGUUGUUAAUGUUACGAGUAGGAAGGUUCAAAGUCACAAGUGUACUUACAAAGUCAAGCUCUAGGUUUAAGGUAUUGCCAACAAUAAGUGUUUUUAAAUUUAGUUAUUUUUAUAUUAGGUAGGUAGAUUGCAAUUAGAGUACUGUUCAUAUGACCACACUAAAGUUGUGUUUGGUACAGAGAAAUGAGGUCAGAGAAAUAGAAAUUACCUCAUUUCUCUUGUUUGUUUGAGUCAGAAAAAUAAAAUUUGAAAAAUAAAUCAUUUUUAUUUCUCUAUUUUUAGUUCUCACAGCAGAGAUG